GCUCACUGUGCCUCUCUACUCAGUAUUAGAUAGAUCACAGAUUCUCUAGCUUCAUCACUGGACAGCACAUUGCGUCUCUGGGUUCGGCAGUGGAUAGCUCUGGCUUCAGCACUGGACAGCUCACAGCGUCCUUGGAUUAAGCACUGGACAGCUCAAGGUGUCACUGAAUUCAGCACUGGACAGCUCACAGCGUCACUGAAUUCAGCACUGGACAGCUCACAUCGUCCCUGGAUUCAGAACUGGACAACUCACAGCGUCCCUGGAUUCAGAAUUAGACAGCUCACAGCGUCCCUGAAUUCAGCACUGGGCAGCUCACAGCAUACUCAGCUCUGGACCGCAUAUACACAGAUUUUUGCACCGUACAGAUCCGUAGGAAUCAGCCCGAUCACACAGUGGUUCGUACGGGAGAUGACUGUAUAUAUCCUUCAGCUAUGGCAACGUUACUGCUCCUAGUUCAAUAAUUCUAACAUAGCGCUCUAAACACUGACAGUAGUCAGACAGCAAAGGCACUUAUUUCAUUCCAUGGACUGUGGCAAUACCUCAAUCCACACCCACCAUAAAGCUGCUCUGCACCCAUUGGUUGCAAGCAAGGGCAUAGCUCAUUAAAUAUUUAGCAGCUUCUUGUGGUCUGUGGCUGAGAACGCUGAAGCCUGACAAUGCUGCUAAGGGAAGGGAAGAGGAGAGAGGUGGAGGAAGAAUAAACUACGAGGAUUGAUACAGCCAUGAGCAAUAUCAAACCAUAGGAGUGUGGGAUGCUGAACAGCACACGGGAGCUAGAGAAGUGAGACCAGCUCUAAGCAAAGUUGUUAUGGAAAGGAUACAAAAGGGGGAAAAUAGUGUCUGAUGGUAAGGAGAGCAUAUCAAGCUGCAUCAGCGAAAGGAAGCAGACAGGACGCAAAGCUUAGCAAACAACUAAUAAGCAUUCCCAAAAGGCGAAGAGGAGGGGAGGGGGUAUUUAAAGACAAGAUGGAAAAGCCCAGUACUUGAUGCAAACAGUAAAAAUAAAGUUAAGAACGUAGUGAGAAAAGGGCAUUUUAAUGUUACAUAGCAUUAACUGCAUAUUUCUAUCUGGAGCAUCCAGUGGUCUUCAGGGGACUAGAACAGUAAAGACUCUCAAGGGACAGUAGUGUUCCCCCCUGAACAUAACCCUGAAGCAGGUGUAAAACUCUCCUGGUGUACCGCUAGUUAGGCUGCAGCUACUGGAUAUCGGGUAUACAAAAUACCAUCAACAAUGCAUUCCUAAACCUGCUUUCAGCUUUUAUUGCGAGGAAUGUAUGUGUCAGUACUCAGAACAGAUCAUGUUUGGAUAUAAAAAGCAAUGAAAAGCUGUUAUGCAAGGAGCAUGACUCAAGCGAUCGAGGAAAACACACAUUGAAAACGGACUAUCCAAGGAAUAUGCAUCUCCCUGUGCUUGCAGUACUGCUGCCAAGGUACACCCAGCUCUGACAUGCUUUCAUCCAACAGGAACAAAAUGCACAAGGCGUAAAUCUCUACUCAGUAAAUAAAGUCUAAAUUAUAGUUGGGUUGCGGCUACCUGGCGCUUAAGAAAUCGUAUUAGGGCUGCUGCGUGCAAGAGACGGGGGACAAAGAAGACUAGAGAUGGCUGAUUGUGACCUGUACUGAGGAUGGAGACAGAGCCUGGUCAUUUCCUCGUUUACCUGAUUCUCCUUUCAUCUGUAGGAUUUUACCCUGUAGGAGCUGCACAGAGAGGAAGUAACAAUGGAGAAGCUCUGCCAGAAUCCCUGCCUUCUGCCCCUGGUACCCUUCCCUACUUCCAGAUGGAGCCUGAAGAUGCCUACAUCAUCAAAAGCAAUCCUAUCAAUCUCCGCUGCAGAGCUAUUCCUGCCCUUCAGAUCUUUUUCAAGUGUAAUGGAGAAUGGGUCCAUCAGAAUGACCACUGGUUUGAGGAGAGUAUUGAUGAAGGCACAGGUCUCAAGGUACUAGAAGUUCUUAUUAAUGUGACCAGGCAGCAAGUAGAGGAUUUCCAUGGAUCUGAGGACUACUGGUGCCAAUGUGUUGCUUGGAGCAAUCUGGGCACCUCCAAGAGCAGAAGGGCAUCUGUGCGAAUAGCUUACUUGCGCAAAAACUUUGAACAAGACCCUCAAGGAAAAGAAGUCCCCAUUGAAGGAAUGAUUGUCCUACACUGCCGGCCACCAGAGGGGGUGCCCACAGCAGAGGUUGAAUGGCUUAAAAAUGAAGAACCAAUUGACGCCCAGCAAGAUGAAAAUAUUGACACAAGAGCAGAUCAUAAUCUUAUCAUACGGCACGCCCGUCUGUCUGAUUCCGGAAACUACACAUGUAUGGCGUCUAAUAUUGUCGCUAAAAGGCGGAGCACAUCAGCCACAGUGAUUGUAUAUGUGAACGGAGGGUGGUCGUCCUGGCUAGAGUGGUCAGCGUGUAGUGUUAACUGUGGCCGCGGGGUGCAGAAACGUUCAAGGACCUGCACCAAUCCAACACCUCUAAACGGCGGAACCUUCUGUGUAGGGUCAUCCAUGCAAAAAAUCAGCUGCACAGUACAGUGCCCUGUGGAGGGAAAGUGGUCGGAAUGGAGCGAGUGGUCCGUCUGCAGCCCAGAGUGUGAACGCCAGCGUGAAAGGGAGUGCACAGUACAUGCCGCAACACAUGGGGUAAAGCCAUGCGAAGGGCUGAGCCAAGAGUCUGAAAACUGCACAGAAGGACUGUGCAUUCAAGGCGCUGAGAGUGCUAGUGACAUUGCCCUGUACUCUGGCCUGGGAGCUGCUGUCAUUGCCGUGGCUGUGCUGGUGGUGGGGAUUACAUUGUAUAGAAGGAGCCAGAGCGAGUAUGGUGUGGAUGUUAUUGAUUCGUCUGCCCUGACAGGAGGCUUUCAGACUUUCAAUUUCAAAACUGUUCGACAAGGUAAUUCCCUUUUAUUGAACUCAUCUCUUCAACCUGACUUAACAGUGAGCAGAACCUACAGUGGUCCGAUUUGUUUCCAGGACCCAAUGGACAAAGAGCUAAUGACUGAGUCUUCAAUAUUUAACCCUCUAACAGACAUCAAGGUCAAGGUGCAAAGUUCUUUUAUGGUGUCACUGGGUGUGACGGAGAGGCCAGAAUUCCACGGGAAGAUGCUUUCAGGGACUUUUCCACAUGGGAAUAACAGGUGCUUUGGUACCUUACAUAGCCGGAAUAAAACUCCCUACAUUCAGAACCUGUCAUCUAUUUCAUCCAAGCCAGAAAUGAGAGUAUGUGGGCUUUUUGGCCAUCAAGGAGGUCGAUUGGUGAUGCCUAAUACAGGGGUGAGCCUGUUGAUCCCACAUGAGGCGAUUGCAGAAGACAACUCAUGGGAAAUCUAUCUGUCAGUCAAUCAAGGGGAACCAAGCUUGCAGCUGGAAGGAUCGGAGGUCCUCUUAGGACCUGAGGUCACCUGUGGACCGCUUGAUAUGACCUUCUCUACUCCUGUGGCCUUAACCAUCCCACACUGCGCUGAAGUCAGCUGCGAGCACUGGCAUGUCCGACUCAAAAGAAGAUCACAACAGGGCAAAUGGGAGGAGGUGAUGUCCACAGAUGAUGAAACCACCUCAUUUUACUGCCUGUUGGAUCCCUUUGCUUGCCAUAUAUUAAUGGACAGCUUUGGCACUUAUGCUUUGGUGGGAGAACCUCUCACAGACUGUGCAGUAAAGGAGCUCAAGGUGGCUGUGUUUGGCUGUAUGUCCUGCAACUCUCUGGAUUACAACCUGAGGGUUUACUGUGUGGAUAACACCCCAUGUGCAUUCCAGGAAGUGCUUUCCGAUGAACGGCAUCAAGGUGGACAGCUGUUGGAAGAACCAAAGUUGCUUCAUUUCAAGGGUAAUACCUUCAGCAUCCAGAUUUCUGUUCUCGACAUCCCUCCCUUCCUUUGGAGGAUCAAACCAUUUACUGCAUGUCAGGAGGUCCCUUUUUCCCGCGUCUGGUGCAGUAACCAGCAGCCACUGCACUGUGCCUUUUCUUUGGAGCGAUAUACGCCGGCCACCACUCAGCUGUCCUGUAAGAUCUGUGUCAGGCAGGUGAAAGGACAUGAGCUGAUUCUUCAGGUCCAAACAUCAAUUCUGGAGAACGAGCGAGAGACCAUAGCUUUCUUUGCACCGGAAGACAGCAAUUUCCUGGCACACACUGGUCCCAAAGCCUUCAAGAUCCCACACUCCAUAAGGCAAAGGAUAUGUGCAACGUUCGACACGCCUAGCUCUAAAGGAAAGGACUGGCAGCUGUUAGCGCAGAAGCUUUCCAUAAACAGGAACUUGUGCUACUUUGCAACAAAGAACAGUCCAUCUGCUGUCAUCUUGGACCUGUGGGAAGCACGGCACCCUUAUGAUGGAAGUUUGGAUUCUUUGGCAUGUGCACUAGAGGAGAUAGGGAGGACACAAACCAAACUCUCACUGGUAACAGACGCUCACACAGAGGAUCCAGACUUCAGCUACAGCAGACAGAAUGGACUUUGAGAGGUUAUGCUUUGCUGGUUUGUAGAGGCCAGUCUACGAUAUGGAUUCCAGUCUUUUUUUGGAAAGACGGAGAAGACAGGAGAAUAGACCGACAUCAUCAUUGUCCCUACUUCAUAAAAUGAGGAUAUGGAGAUAUUGAUGAUAAAGACAGCAGGGCUGAGGAAAUAUUACUUCUCUCUGAAUCAGCUGUACAUUCUAUAAAAGGAACCUUAAUUGUGCAAAAAGGUUUUCAGAAAAAGCCAUCUACCAGCGAGGGAAUUUGGAGGCAUAGACGCUAAAAGCUUUCCCUUUCUCUGUGGUCUAUAAAAAGACCUACCUUUAAAAAGAAUGUGGUCUUUGGUUAUUUAAAUCAGCAUUUCAAGGUCAGGUAGAAAAAUAGAGAUUAAUUAUCACAUUAAAGGACACCUUAAACUGUAUAAUGAUGCUAAGUAGCACCCCUUCUGUAUACAGCUGCCCCAAGCUGCUUUGCCUUAGAGAGAAUAGAAUGCAAUAGCCAACACAAAUGAUAAUCCUUGGCAUGUAGAUUUUGUGUGAUGUCUCUGCAGAACUGAAUCUCAUUGUACAAUGCGACUGGUGACAAAUUUCCUACGUUGCCAGUACCAGCAUCUGUUAGCCAGAGUCAGUGUUGCCCGAGUUUGCAUUACUUUUGCGAAAGUGUCUUUCAGACAGUUUGUAAAUAUGUUGUGCAGUGUAGUCAGCUGUCAAUAGAAUGGGAAUCAAAUAACAAACCAAAAUAAAGUUAUAUUCAAUUAAAAAUUUUUACCCUCUCCUACUCAGUGUGGAGACAGCCAUAUUGUGGCAGAACCAUUUUCCAGAGACUACAACCUCUAGAUUCCUAGAGCUGGUGACAUCCAAUAAGCACAAAUAACUUCAUGCCUUGGUGAUGUCUCCAGCUCCUAGUGAAUUGAGAAGGUAGAAUAUUUGCUUCUGCCAAAUAAUGACCAUCCAUCGUGCCCUUUAAAAUUGUCCGUAAUGAGGGUCGAACAGUUACGUGACAAUUUGCUGUUUUGAUGUCAUUUGCCACAUAAUUAUGUUAAAGGGUCCUCAAAGAAGUCCUCAGAAAGUCUAUUAUUUUCUGUUUUUAAUGAAAAUGUAGCAUCCCCUAUUUUUAAGUACCUUCAAGGAUGCCCAUGAGUGAGAACAGAUGCACUUGUUUAGUUAUAUUAUCAGAUCCUGGGUGCUUGAUGAGUUAUGCUGUACUGUGAAACUGUAUUUAAUGCUCCAAGUAUUUCAAAAUACACAUUUUUCUGACAAUAUAAACAUGCAAUAAAAAGUUUGCUGGAGACAAUUAAGGGAACAAACCCAAAGGUCAAAGAGGCAUUUUAGCCAGCCAGGAAUGCAGGUGUUUCUUAAACAUUUACCGCUGACACAUAACAUUCGGGGGACAGUUUCUGUAUGUGUCAAUGGAUGUUCCUAGGUACAGUCUGUCGGGCUUCACAACUUUGCAUUAUUUUGUAAACAUCUGAUAUUGUUCAAUGAUCUUUGUGAGAAAGCUACAGUAUUUGUGCUCUAGGAAGAUAAAUCUUAGUCCAGUUACUUGACAUAGACUUAGGUAAGGUGUUUGUGAUGUUCAUGAAACAGAUGGAAAAUCAUUGUCAUUACACAACUAUUAAAACUGUGUUACAGGGAAUUGUGUACAGUAUUGAACACCAUGGGCCAGAUGUACUAAGCCUGAAAAGUGAUAAAUAUCACAGUGAUAAAGUACCAGCCAAUUGGCUCCUAACUGUCAUUUUUCAAACACAGCCUGUAAUAUGGCAGUUAGGAGCCGAUUGGCUGGUGCUUUAUCACAGUGAUAUUUAUAACUUUUCAGGCUUAGUACAUCUCCCCCCAUUAGAAUGGCAACAUAGAUUGCUAGAAUAACUUCACUUAUAGAGAAACUUUACUCAAAUUUUACAUUUAGUAUUGGGUUAGAGGUUAUCAUGUCAAAAUCAAAUGUGGGUUUGUACUUACCUAUAAAGGACAGUUUUGAUGAGAACUCCUAAAUGAUGAAUGGUUCAUAGCCAUCCUAUAGACCUACAUUUGACAUGUUUCAGCACUGAUAAGCAUGUCAGCAGCAGUUGUGCAAUGUAGAGCAAACACUGGACCAUUGAUCACAUAAGAGGACCUGUCACAUUAGGGACAUGGUCCAAGAAGCAGAACUAUCCAUUUUAUCUGAAUUUGGUGGACAUGUUCAAGCAAAAGCCAAAGUAAACUACUGCAUAGUCAUUUAGAAUUUCACUCCACAUUUUUUGGAAACCACACAAGAUUAUUGUCAUGGGAAAAACAGGAGGACUAAAGUUAAGAUGUAUUGUAGGGAGCCAGAAAAGUGUUCAGAUGCUAGGAUGCAUUUUGUGUUUUUCUAGUCAUCUAUAUAAUCAUCUAUAUAAUCAAACACUGUUAUCCAUAAUGGUUCAUGACUACGUUAGUUAUGGGUUGUCUACUGAAUUGAAGGUGUCAUAAAUAUGGAGACUCCAUGGUAAUGACCACAAAAUGUGAUGUAACUACAGCAAUUCAAUACUCCAAUGAUUUAAGGCCAAAUGUAACACACAAUGGCAUUACCAUCUACUCCUAUCCCUUUAUUGUAUAAUUAUAAAUAGGAGAAUCUUUAAGUCCUGAAUUUUGAAAUUAUUACUGGCUGUACAGUAUGUGUGAAACCAGCUACUAUUUGUUACAAGUGUCAAAUCAUUCAUACCUACAAUGUAACAAUGCCAGAUGGAACUGUCAAAAUGACUGAUCAACAGGGUGACAUAUUAAAACAUAUUUACUUAUCUAAAAAGUGUUACAAUAAAAACAAUGUGCUGAAACUGAAAGCCACUGGGCAAAUAUUUACAACCAGCAAUUUAAGUUCAAUUAAUGAAACUUAAUGUCACCGUUCUAUUUGUUUUACAAUAUAUUUGCACAUUUUUGUUUUCAUUAUUACAAAGUCACACAAAUCACAAUGGAACCAUCCAGUUUGUAGGCUGAAUUAUGAUCCAUGAAUACUGGUUCAUCCUAUGAAACUGCCUCUUGCACUACUUAGGGAAUAUCUAUGAAAUUGUGAUGAGCCUAACAUCCAUAGAAAAUGUCUGUUUUCUCUGGACAAAGACUAUCGCUGCUUACCAUCCUGUUCAUCAAAGAGUUAAUGCUGGGGAAAUCUCUGCUAUCUUCUCCUUUUUAACACUAUCCCCCAUAGACCUUUAUAGGGCUGGCAAACUAUUUAUAUCCUUGGAUUUGUGAGUAAUUUGGCAUUUUGACACAAAUUAAUGCCAACCUCAGCAUGUCGCCUGCUUACCACUCUUGUGCAUUGCAAUGAGUGCUGAGCAGGGCAUCGCUGCAACCUUAGGCUGCUAAAAAAAAUCCUCCUCUAUUAGGGAAUCAGUAUUUUCUUCUAGGAGGAGGUGAUCUUUGAUAAAUAGCGGUGGUACAGUAUGUAUCACUGAUAUAGUAACUUUUGCCCACUAGCCACUAAUGAUAAGCAGAACACAUGGUGUUCUUGUGAUAAUUGUCACUAAUUUUUACGAAAUUGCAUUUAUUUUCUUGACAAUUGGUUCAGCACAUAAAUGGCUUUCUCCAAUCUGUGGGACGUAAUUUGAAUAUGUCUAGAUUCUAGUGAAUUGUUAGGCUGUAUUCUUACAAAUGUUUUCCACAGUACAAAAAUGAGUUCAUGAAAUAGUGGGAGUUGUAUCAAAUCUUAUAAAGAGGACUAGUGGAGAAGUUGCCCAUAUCAACCAAUCAGCUUCUAGGUAUCAUUUAACAAGUACAUUCUGUAAAGUGAUAGCUAGACUGAUUGGCUUUUAUGGGUGAUAUCUCUCUCAUCGUGUUUCUGUUUAUUAGUUUGUUUAUAUUAGUAAGGAUAGAUGAUAAGAAACUUUUGGCCUAGGGAUGUCCUGAAAAAAAAUACUGAUAUUCUACGGCACUGUGAUUCACAAAAGUUUGAGAACCAUUGCACUAUACUGUAAUAUGAAUCUUUUUAACUUUGUGGAAUUUUUGCACACCAGAUUGUCAGACUCAUGUUCAAACUAAAUUAUACAUCACAUUAGGAUAUUUCCAUGUGAAGUUUUGAUGAAUAAAGUAAUCAAAAUAUAUAACUACAAUUAUUUUAUCAAAAUUGAACAUCAAUAUGUGAAACAAAUUCAACCAGGUGGCUAAAAGUAACCUUUUAAAACGCUGAAUUGUUCAGCAUUAAGUGAUGCCAUAUGUGCUGAGCUCCCAGAGGUCCAAAAACACAAUGCUCAUAUGAAAAAAUGUUUGCAGUAAAUCCGCUGCAUGAAAAACUGAAAAAUACCGCACAGAAGUAUACCUGACAUAAACCCAUGUAUAUUAUUAAACUGGGUUCUAUAGUGAUUUCAGCUAUGAUUAAAUAUUUUUUAGAAUUUUAAUUAUUUUGCUGAAAUUUGGGAUUACAAAUAUAAACUGUAUGACAGUCUCCGAAAUUCCUGUGGAAAAUAAAAAAUACAAUUUAAAACCACACAUACUGUACUACCAAGAGCAGGAUGUAAAUGAAGUCCGAAUUCAGCGGCUGUGCAGGAUACCGGCUGUAUGUUUUUUUAAAGGGGCAACGAUUUACCAGGCUAAGCCAUGCCUUGUAAAUUAUUGCCCUUUUAAAAUACCAUUCGAGUUCGCCCCACGGACAUGGAACUCAGACUUCAUUACACACGCCACAAGUGUGAAGAUAACAUAUACAAUAGAAUUAUUUGUGCACUCAAGUGACCUUGUAGAAAUGAGUAAUGCUAACAAGGUGUUCAUACAUAGAAUGGAGCACUCGUUUGGUGGCUGAUGUCAAUCACAGGAAAUUAUUACCCGUUUUUGUAUUUUGGGGGGUGAGUUACUCUAGUUUAAUAGAUAAACUAGUACAGGUUGAGUAUCCCAUAUAAAAAUAUUCCGAAAUACGGAAUAUUCUGAAAUACAGAAUAUUCCGAAAUACGGAAUUUUUUGAGUGAGAGUGAGAUAGUAAAACCUUUGUUUUCUAAUGGCUCAAUGUACACAAACUUUGUUUAAUACACAAAUUUAUUAAAAAUAUUGUAUUAAAUGACCUUCAGGCUGUGUGUAUAAGGUGUAUAUGAAGCAUAAAUGAAUUGUGUGAAUGUACACACACUUUGUUUAAUGCACAAAGUUAUUAAAAAUAUUGGCUAAAUUUAUCUUCAGGCUGUGUGUAUAAGGUGUAUAUGAAACAUAAACGCAUUUUGUGCUUAGACUUGGGUCCCAUCGUCAUGAUAUCUCAUUAUGGUAUGCAAUUAUUCCAAAAUACGGAAAAAUCCGAUAUCCAAAAUACUUCUGGUCCCAAGCAUUUUGGAUAAGGGAUACUCAACCUGUAUAGGCUGGUGCCUGUCUUGCCCUACCAGCCUUUGAUUUGCAGGGUAUGGCAGGACUUCUACUGUAGUUCCACAAUAGUUGGACAGACACACAUUGUAUACUAUUAAUCAUAUUACUUCAAUUACUGUAAAUUGUAAAUUGUACAGAUUGGAAGAACUCCCCGCCAUUAGCAGAUUUUAAUUUUUGUAGUCCCAGGGGACAUCCCCAAUAUGCAAUCUUGUCGGUGAACAUUUAUAAUGGGAUAAUGUGUCCCCAUCCCCAUACUAAACUGGAAGGAGGGAAUGUUAGAGAGGCUGGAAUAGCAUGAUCAUUACCUCCUUGGAAAUGAAAGGGUGAAAUGACCAGUAAUCCCCAAAAUAUUUGCAAAUACUAUAUACUGUAUAUUCUGAAAGUGCAGUAAAAUAUAUUUUUCAGUAUUAUGCUGAAAUUCUGCUGUAACUGUUAAAAAUUAAAUAUACAUCCCCAAAUCCAUGACACACAGGUGCAACUGCUCCAACAUAUUUUAUGCAAUGCCCCAUGACUUCUGCUGCAGGUAAAAAGCAAAAAUGCAUAUACAGUACUAUCUGUAAUAUGAGUUGUUGUGGUUCUGCCUCUGUAUACUAACCAAUAUAGAGAGGGAAUUCCUGCAUUAUGUCCAGCUGUCAGUCACAUCCCUGUUAAUUUGGCAACCUGCUACAGGGGAGUUAGAACAUGGUAAUCUUAUUUAAGUGUAAACCUUCCAGAACGCUCUUGUAUAUUAUUCAGCCUUUGGUACAUUUUAAAGUCAACCUGGUUUGUAUUGCUCUUUUUUUAGCGUACCUAUGCCCUACAAAUAAUGGAAGUGGCCUUUAUGUGUAACUUAAUCAGUAUUCAGUCUAUUUAUUGACCAGCUUGGUGACGCAACUAGUUCCCAGUGAUUUGAUAGGCUGUAAGCUUCCAAAUAUUUGAUCAGCACAAAAAAUGGGUGCCACCGCUAUUCAUACUGUAGGUGACACUGUUAUGGCAAUUUAGUACAUUGUCAUACCUUCCAACUGUCCCGAUUUAAGCGGAACAGUCACGUUUUUUUUUGGACUGUCCCGCUGUCCCACCCGUGGGCCGCAGUGUCUUGCUGUGAGGGGGCAGUUGGGAGGCUCCUGCAUUUGUUGCUCUGCUUAGCAGAGCAGUGGUGAAUAGACGCUGUGCGCAUGCGCACAGCGUCUAUUCAGUGGAGACAGGAAGUGAGGGGGCAUGCCAGCAGCUCACAGAGCGCUGUCGCAUGCCCCCUCAGUGAUGAAAAUUGGGGCAUGGGUCGUGAUCGUGGUCCCUCCAUGAAGCCACACCCCUUUCCAAUAGACCACGCCCCUUUUGGGCGGCCACACGCUUUGCGUGCACAGAUGUCCCUCCUUUCAAUACACAAAAGUUGGGAGGUAUGCAUUGCUGAAUUAUAUAUGAUCUACGCAUCUUCCCUGCAUCUCAUCCUUUGUACAACUGCUCAUAAAGCUACAUUUCUAUUAAUUCCGCCUACCACUUACUUCCUCUUACUUUUAUGACAAAUUAGUAUUACUGUACAUUACACUGGACAAUAUAAAAUAAUAGAACAGAUAUUUGGAAAAGUCUUGGGAUAUUGAUGUACUGUAUCAAUUUUAAAUUUGCUGUAUUUAAAAUUUCAAGUAAGCAUUUAUUUUUGGCCUUAAAAAAAUCUUAUUGUUUGUCCAAUUUACCAUUAAAUCUGACUGGCUAGGGUUGUAUGAGUCUGGUGUCUGUGUGGUGGUGGUAAAUCCUCAGCAUAGGAAAUGAUCUAAAAUAGACUUUAUCCAGAGUUUUGGGCUGAUAAAUCACAGAACAGUUAUUAUGACUAAGUUAACUAAGAUCUUGCAGAUUAGUUUAUGUUAUUGGGGAAAUAACAGGUUAGAACCUCUUGAAGUCACUGGGCUCCACAAAACAAUGAGUUGUAGCCUUCCUUGGUGUCAAGAUAGUUACUGAGCUUCAAGCAGCUGAAGCCGUAAUUGGCUGUAUACUGUACUUUCUGUGCCUUGUCCAAUCAACAACAAUCCUGAAUGUUACAUGUGAACACAUGGAUGGAAUUCUUAAGAAAAAAAUAAUACUAAAGUGUGCACUUGCAACUUUUUUCAGCACAUGUACAUAUCUCUAUAAAUAUAUAUAUAUAUAUAAAUUAAUAUAUAUGAAUAUAUUUGGUAAUGCCAAACAGCUGUGUUAUAUUGUAUUGAAAAGUAACACAAAUAAUGAGACCGUCUGGAUGUUUUUUUUUCUGUAGUUCGCAAAACUUGUAUGGCUGCCGCCUUUUCAGAAUAAAUGUACAGUCAAUUCUUGCAUAUUAAUUAUUUACUAUUAAAAGGGUCUUUUAUCGAUG